AUGAUGACCGAAGAGCACUCAGAUCUGGAAGCCCGGAUCAUCAAGGACAUCCACUGCAAGGAGAUAGACCUGGUGAACCGCGACCCCAAGAACAUCAAUGAGGACAUUGUGAAGGUAGAUUUUGAAGAUGUGAUUGCAGAGCCCGAGGGCACCUACAGCUUCGAUGGUGUGUGGAAGGUGAGCUACACCACUUUCACCGUCUCCAAGUACUGGUGCUACCGCCUGCUGUCUACACUGCUGGGUGUGCCGCUGGCCCUGAUCUGGGGCUUCCUGUUCGCCUGUAUCUCCUUCUGCCACAUCUGGGCUGUGGUGCCCUGCAUUAAGAGCUACCUGAUCGAGAUCCAGUGUAUCAGUCACAUCUACUCACUGUGUAUCCGCACCUUCUGCAAUCCGCUCUUUGCUGCGCUGGGCCAGGUCUGCAGCAACAUCAAGGUGGUGCUGCGGAGGGAAGGCUAAAGCCAGGCCGGCCCGUGGGGAAGGCUGGGCAGGGGGGAAUUAGAGCAGGUGAGCACCACGGCUCUGCUCCACGUGAGCUGCCCAAGAGCUCAUGCUGUUGAGGGUCCUUUCGAUUUCGCCUCAAGAUAGGAACACACAGGACAGGGGAGCUAGUCCCCCGUGUGGAAACACAGGCACUCUUGCUCUGCUCAGCCCACCACGAUCCCCAGUGAGCCUGCCUGAGGGCAGAUGGUUUGUUAAGAGGCAGCUACCGCAAGGCUUUGCAUUCACGUGUACUGUAAUACCACAAACCCGCCCAGUCCCCUAGAGGGGUGACCUGGCUCCUCAUGAAAGAGAGAGCAAGCAGUGACUGCGGGCGUGAGGAAGGUGCUACAAUAAAGGGGUUCGGCUGCACCGGGGAACAUCA